UCAGCAGGCCUCUUGAUGAAUAGUUCAACAUUGCCUGUCAUGUUAUAACCACCUUUUUGUUUAAUUUUCCCCAGAAUCUCUUGUAUGAUCAUUGACUACGCACUCUUUCUUUAAUGGCAUCUAUAGAAAGAUUCAAAGAUAUGGGAUAUCAAAGAACUGUGAGGACCGACUCCUCACACACAGAUUGGCAAACCCCCCUUGUUUCUGGGAAGUCUGUUAGUCGCUUUGCAGGAGCCCCUGGAAUUAAAGCAAUCUCUCAUGUCCCUGUUGGGCAUCCAUGCCCUAAAAAUACGGAGGAGUUCUGCAGUGCAAAUGGCAGUACUUCCUUCCAGCCAAUCAGGAGUCAGGUUACCAUCCCCACAGCACAUGUUAUGCCUUCAACCUUAGGGAUGUCUUCUACUAAUACAUAUGAUCAUGUCGGGGCUCAAAACUCAACAGAUCCUGCUGUAUGUGGCAUCCCCGUUCUGCCUUCAGCAGAUGAGCCUAGAAAGUUUGAGACUCCCAAUAUUGAGCCCACUUUAAACCAAUCUGGUCUUUUGCACGCCUUCUACAACGAUCCAAGGCCUAGUGCCUCAGCAGGGGGAAUCCGCACAGAGACUGAACCAUAUCGAACUCUGCCUGAGAGCAAAGUAGGUAAUAGUGGGGAUCACAUACGCAGUGUUGGUGACCAUUCGCAUAGCCAAGGAUGGAGGCCGGAAACCUAUAUUCAUCCUGCAGCUGAACUUUGUGCAUGGAGACAGCAACAGACGGAAAACAUGAGGCUAAGGAUGGAGCAACUACAGCUAGGAAGAGGAUGUCCAACCCUUCCUGUAUAUCCAGAUAACAGCGAGUUGGGAAGGGUCCUGAAGGCAAGUGAAGGUGUAUUGCUGGAAAAGGAAUACCUGGUGGAGAGGCAGAGGCAGCAUAUAUCCCAACUGGAGCAGAAACUAAGGGAGAGUGAGGUACAAGUACACAGCACCUUACUAAAUCAACCUAAUCCUUACAGCGACAUGUAUAUGAUCAGACUGCAGGAACUUCAGAGGGAGGUAACUUUUCUGCGAGCACAGUUUGCUGAGAAGAAUGAUUCAUCUAACCGGGAGAAAGCAGAUUUAGAAAGAAAACUAGCGGCCUGUGAAGCAGAGUGUAAAAGCUUCCAAGAGCAAACCAAGCAGACUGCCCAUAAGCAUGCUGAGGAGUUAAAGAAGCAGGAGGAGCGGAUUAAAGGAAGAGAUAGGCACAUUAAUUCUCUAAAGAAGAAAUGUCAGAAAGAGGCAGAGCAGAACAAAGAAAAACAACAAAGGAUUGAGACAUUAGAAAGAUAUUUGGCAGAUCUUCCUACUGUGAAGGACCACCAGAAACAAACACAUGAGCUCAACAAUCUCAAGGAGAAAAGCUGCCUUCUGCAAGAUCAAGUGAAGGAGCUAGAGACCAAGCUUCGAGAAACCAGGUCAUUGUGUCGCGAAAGGGAAUCCCAGCUUGUAGCAGAGGAACAAAAAGGACAAGAACUUUUAAGUACCAUAGACAGUUUACAGAAAGAAGUGGAACGUUUUAAUGGGACCGGACAGAGAGAUGAAGAGAAGCGUCUGACCCAGAUGGUGGAAGUUCUACAACAGGAGGUGUUGACUCUCCAGAAGGAAAGGGAAUGCCUCAAAAAUGUAGUAGGAAGUCAAACUAAGAAAACUGAGCAGUUGUGCAGUAGAUUAAAGGAGCUUGAAGAGCAAGUUACACAGGAAGAAGGAACAGGACAGGCCCUAAAAGAAGAAACGCAAAGGAAAGAAAAUGCUCUACAGCAACUAAAGGAAGCUGUGAAAGAGUUGGCAGUACAGAACCAGGACUUGAUGGAGCGUAAUGUCUAUCUUCAAGAACAGCUUCAUCAUGCAGGAGUGAGUGAAAAGCUUUCAUCAGAUGACAGUACCUUCAUUAUCACCCUACACAAAGAACUGAAUAUUUGCCUGAAGGACCUGAAAUCCAUAUGUUGCUUGCUGAACCAGAGAAUGCAGGGGAUGGAUCCCAAUCUGUCUAUGCUGCUGGGGAUCAACUCUGCUCCAGUUUCUGAGGAUCAUGACAUACUGAAUUCAACUUCACUUGAAAGGCAUCUUAAUGGAGUAAGACAGUUAAAGCAAGAUAUUGAUGAUCUGCGCACCACCAUUAGUGACCGUUAUGCACAAGACAUGGGCGACAACUGUGUUACACAAUGAUCUAUUCGUAGAGGACAUUUGUCCAAUCAGUGACUGUUGUAGUGGAUAUAAUCAUACAGCUGCAUUCAUGCAUCAAAACAUUAAAUCUGUUACUUAAGAAAUGAAUAGUUUGCUAUGGGUCCUCGAUGGUUACCUUGAGCAGGGUAACUUGUCACUGACACAGCAUUCUCUUAUUCAACACUAUAUAGAAGAUACCAAGCUCAGGUGUUUGACCAAAUGUUUAUCUGUUGUCUUUGUUUUUUUUUUUUGUUUCAAUUUAUGUGUGUGUGUUUUAACUUUGAUACAAUAAACCACUUAAAUUA